AUGGCCAAGGUAUAUGAUCGAAUGGAGUGGGGUUUUUUGGAGGGGAUCAUGUUGGCGAUGGGUUUUUCUGAUCAGUGGGUGAGGUUGAUGAUGCUAUGUGUCUCUAUUGUCACUUAUGCAAUUCUGGUCAACGGGGAGUCAGUGGGGUCUGUUUGCCCCACUUGGGGCAUCCGUCAAGGGGAUCCGUUAUCCCCUUAUUUGUUUAUUCUGUGUGCUGAAGCACUAUCUGUGCUCUUCCAACCGGCGGAGGCUAGUGGUGAUAUUCACGGGGUGAGGGUGGCACGUGGUGCCCCUGCUGUUACCCAUCUAUUUUUUGCUGACGACAAUUUGUUGUUUUUUAGGGCAAAUCAACACGAAGCUUUCAAAAUCAAGGAGUGUUUGGAUGUUUAUUGUGAGGCUUCGGGCCAGUUAGUCAACUUUGAAAAAUCCAAUGUCGUGUUCAGCACUAAUACUGCGAUGUGUAUGAGAAGAAUGGUGUGUGAAACUUUUGGGGUUCAGGAAUCAAAUGACUUGGGGCGUUACUUGGGGCUACCUUCGGUGUUGGGACUAACAAAAUUGCCACCUUUCGGUACAUUGAGGACAAGAUUCGUGAGAGGAUCGGCUCGUGGCAACACAAACUCCUUUCAAGGGCAGGGUUGGCGUAUUUUAAUCCAACCAGAAUCUUUGGUAAGCAGGUUACUUAAAGCCAAAUACUUCCCAGCGUGUGAUUUUAUGGAAGCAUCUGUGGGGACGAACCCGAGUUAUUUUUGGCGGGGUGUUGUGAGGGGACAGGAAGUCUUGAGACGAGGAUUGGCACGGAGAAUUCGGAAUGGUAUGGACACGAAGAUUUGGGGUUGGAAUUGGCUCUCUAGUUCGUCCGAUGCAGGUUUACAUACGCCUUGCGUUGAUGAGCUCAAGGAGGCUAGAGUAAAAGGCCUAAUGAAUGAGCAAGGCGAAUGGGACGUAGGUGUAGUGCAGGAUCUUUUUCAAACGGAGGACGUGCAUAGAAUUCUAUCGACUCCCACAAGCAAAGCUUUCAAGGACUCUUGGCGUUGGAUCGGCGAUGCGCGAGGCUGCUAUACGGUGAAACAUAGCUACCGUUUGCUCACCGAUCAGCUAGCAGGUACGGGCUCUCAAUUUGGCUUUCAUUCGUGGAACCAUUUGUGGUUACUCCCGGUGCCUCCAAAAGUGAAAAAUCUCCUUUGGCGGCGUGCUCGUAAUGUUUUUCCAGUCCGCGAAAACUUGAAAUCGAAGAGAAUCUGGAUUGGAGGCGGUUGUCCGUUCUGUGGGUCUCCUUUCGAAACAGUUGAGCAUAUUUUUGGUGAGUGCAGCUAUGCUACAAAUCUUUGA